CUUCAAGAGGGAGUAAAGACGAUAUAUGAGCAGCUCUUUAAUGUGUCCAAGAUGCGCUUUAAAAAUUGACGAAAUUACAAUUACCAUAUUAAUGUGCUCAUAUGAAGACUGAUAACGCAACAAAGCGCAUAAAACUAAAGUAACUUGUUGUUAUAAGUCCUUUUUGAUUAAAACUAAUAAGUUCGUCAGAAUUUCUUUGAUCGAAAACGACCAUUCAGCUGCUUGGUUUCCCUUUCUGCUGCAACUUCGGAUUCUUUCCCAAAAGUAACCGCUUCUCAUUAUUUCGAAAUUCUAUCAACCUGUUUGCACUUCAAGGCACCAUUCAGUUGCGAUUAAAAUUUCAAGAUGCCUUCAUCGAAGGAGGAAUGGAUCAAUGCGCUGACCAGUUUUAACGAGGCUAAAUUGGUCAAAAGACACCAAGCCCAACUCAGGCUGGUAUCAAGCCCGGAAGGCUACUCUGAACUGUUUUCAGUGGCUGGUAUGAAGUCCGGAUUCCCGGCUAAACCACAGGCCCAGGAACGUCCGACAGUCGAUGAGUUUAAAGAAGUCCAAAGAUCCAAUUUUAGUGGACCUGAAUUAUCUGGGUUCCGAGUCGAGGGUUUGAGAAAAACAGAACUGAACAAAUUUAACGAAAGAAUGCAGUCCUUGAAACAAGCAACACGUGUUGACGCCUACAGAAACAAAAUUGAACAGAAGGUUUAUGGUAAAGACAGAAUUUUGAGUUUAAACCCAGAAGACACGGUCAAAAAUGCGGAAAAUAAUUUUUCGUAUGAAGAUGUUAAAGAGGUAGAAAUUUAUAAAUCUCAAAGUGACCGAAAUUCUUUCAACCCGAAACCUUUUCUACCUGUUAAACUAGUUCCGAAACAAAUCGCCUAUAGCUCAGUGGAUGCUUUUGAAAAUUGUUCCCAAACAAGUGGUGAAAUAUUAGCUGAAAAGUCAAAAAGUCAAUUGAAAUCACCAAAAAACUCUUUGAAAAUACCUAAGGCGAGAAUCGGCAGUGGGAACAGCGAAUGUCCGAUUCUGAUCAAAAGAGGUCCAAAUGGUCACAUAAAAGUUCAAGUAGACUUCGUGAAAUUAGAUAAAGCGAGAAUCGAAGGCUUCGACUCGAGAAAGUUAGAUUUGCCACAGCCCAUUUUUUCUAAGACAAAAGCAAGAAGUGGCACUGAUAGCGAGCUCAAAGAUUUAUGCAGUUUCCCAGCCUUUAAACCAGAGAAGUCUUUGAUUCCUGAAAAUCCAGAAAUUGUUGAGAGCGUUAAUGCCAGAUCUGAUGGUUUUCCUGAAGAUAACAUGGAACAGCAGCUUACAAGUUCCAGAGGCUCGCUGCGUGAUGAAAAACGGGCCAAAGAAGUCAAGCGGAAAAACUAUCUGACCGAAAGAGCAAAAAGCAGACAAGGACGCGCUAGAGAAAUUUCAAAAGAUUCUCUCGAAGUUCUCGCAGAAUUUAAACUAGAUCGAAAAGCACCGGUGGCUACUGGUUUUGGAAAGUUAUGUACAUCUAAUGAAAAUGGUGGCUCAGAAUCGAAACCAGCGGAUUCAUUAGGCACUUCCGAAGAAACAAAAACAGGCGAAGAACUACAGUCAUUUCAACGUGAUCUAUCUUUUGAUUUCCAAGAUACUGAUGCCACUCUACCUAGUUUUUGCCAUACAAACAAGGAUCGAUUUUUCAAAGGUUACCAAAUGAAUGAAGCUGAAAAUUAUGAAAAGAAAAAUUUUGUUGAUCAUAAUUUAUAUGCGCGUCAAAAGUUAGAUGCAGAUGAAAGAAAUCUGGUAUCCAAAGCGAACAUUGAACAAGAAGUAAACAUAAGUUCUACAGAACAUACAUCUCUUUUUGGUCAUAGAGAGCUUAUAACAGAUAAUGAAGAAGAUUUAAAUAAUACACUUAUGAACAAUAGUUCAUAUGCAUCAUCUUAUGUAAAAGAAAAGCAAACCGAAACGAAUGAAAACGAAGAAAAUGGACAACGAAGUCGCGGUACACAAGUCAAAAACAGCGUCAAAAAAUCAAAGAGUUCUUUAAAUUCAGUUCCGUUGAUGAAAAGUUUCAGUCGGAGAGAGUUCAGCAAAUCACCCUCAAAACCUAUGCGCAAAGAUGAAGAGAAAAAGACGGUGGUGCAUGUCUUUGGAACCUACGUUACCCCCAACAUUGCCGCGACUCUGAGGUACCCGCCUAUUAACAAAAAGUCAUUGCCCGAUAUAUUCACUCCCAGAAACGGAUCGCCCAGUAAAGCUGACGCUUCAAAGAAAUCAAAAACCCCAGAACAGUUAUCAGACAACAAAUUUGCCCCAGCGAGUAGACGCAAUUAUGAAAUCCAAAAAACGAAGCCUGUUGGCGUGCUGAAAGAGUCGGAAGAAGCUAAAACUAAGCCAGUCUUAUCAGCCUCAACCUCGUCGAAGUUUUCUCGUUCCAAAAAUUUGGAUUCUACUAAUUCGCCCGAAUCUGUCCAUUUGAGGUAUUUUGUUAAAGAAGAAAGACAGCCUGCAAGAAUCUAUUCAAAAUUAGUUUCGAAGAAAAACUCGUCAGAGAGCGAAGAUUCAAUUGCACCGACAAGCGAUGAAUUCUGGAGUAAAUAUAAAACCAGAUCUUCAGUUGAUGAAGUCUCAGUGCUGAUUUUGCAGUCUCAUGACGAGUUUAAUGAAAAUGCAGUUAACUCAAGCGAAACGAAUGAAAUCGAAAAAAUGAAAAAAAAUUCGAACACAACUGAUGAUUUUCAAAGGAAAACAGGUCAUAGCUCGAGAGAGAAUGAUCUCCCUGAGAAAGAAACACAGAAUUUUAAUGAAAAACUAAUUACGAGAAAUUAUUCUGAUUCGAAAAAUAAAGAAAACGCAGUGCCAAAAGGAAAAGCUGGCAAUAGUGAUGCAACGAAUAAGCAAAAUAGCCAGAAAAGUGAUAGCAAAAUUUUAUCCAAAAGACAAAACCUUGAAGUGAAAACGCCAGUUGUGGCAACAAAGGCUAAAACGCAGGACCACAACUACAAAACAGCUGAAAAAACAGGAAAUCUAAAAAGCAACGAAAAUAGUUCGAACGUCAAACAGUCGUUUGAACAAUUUGAAUCUAGGAGAGAAAGCAGCGUGAUCAGAUUGCAUUCAAGGAAAGAUGAAACAGUUGACUUGGAAGACAUUGAAAAUGACUCAAGUGAUGGAGAAUGUUUUACUGAAACAGUACUUCGAGAAAAACCGAAACAAUACCAACCUAAUCAGUUGAAAAAAAUUGAGCAUUUUGCGCCGAAAUCAGUGCAACCGAAACCUUCGCAUGACGAAUGUAAAUUUACAAAGCAGCCAGUAGCUGUUUUGAAUCAUCAGUAUUUUUCGAAUAAAAGCAAGGAACAACUAAAGGCUAAACCUGAUAAGAACCAAAGUUUGAAAGACAAAAAUGGGGCGCCUAGAAAAGUCUCUCUAGGCCGAAGUGAAGGCUCAUCUUCAAUAAACAAACCUAAAAAGAUUUCCGAUGAAGGAAUAACGCCAAAGAACGAUGAAGCAAUCGGUGAUAACAAACUUCCGCAACUGACUGAAAAGAAAGCUCAAAAAGAGACAGAAAAUGAAAUAAGAGUGGAAAGGACCAAUCAAAUGUCUCAAAAAUUACAGUCUUCAUCAGAAAACCAUAGCCGUGAAUUGGGUUCGUUUUCGCUAAAGUCGUGCGCACGUGCUAUUGACGACGAAAAAUCACGCCCCAAGAUUUUGACGAAAGACAAACCCAAGGUUGAUUCGAGUGUAAAUGAUGAUUUAUCUGAUAUUGAAAACGCCUCAGAAAGUUCCGAUAAAGUCUAUUUGAAAAAAGCGGAAAUGAGCGCUUCGAUGGAAACAGAUAACGGAGGUUUGAAUCGAAAAGGCGAAGCAUCUCGACCAGUUUCAGGUCAAAAAAGAAAAAAGUCUGAAUUAAAUGAGAAUAUAGAAAAAAGCAAACGAGUUAGAUCACUUGUUCAUGAUCCCAAUCAAAAACCAUGGCGCCAUGCUAUGGCUCCUAUACGAACAAGCUCAUCCGAAAACUUGCGCGACGAGAAUAUGCGACGAGAGAACGAGAAAGUCGGAGUAAAACAAUUGUCGAAAACUUUAAAAAGGAGCAAAAGUGAAGUCAUAUCAGAAAAACGCGAAAACAGUGAAUUUAAUCAGCUAGAUGAAGAAAAUAGCGUGGACGAUACUCAAAGUGAAUUAGACACUUCUCAAUUAAGCGAGGAAAAGAAAAAGGGCCAGUGGUCUACAAUUUUCAAGUUCAUAUUCCAACGCAAAUCUGACAAGAGAGCCGAUGGCGAAUUCAAUGGACAAAUGGGAUUUAGCAAUAGGGGAGAAAUGGAGAAAAUUGAUGAGGAAAAUGUGGAAGAAAGAGCCCACGAUCAAGAGGAAGCUUCAAUAGAUCAGAAACCAGAAGAAUCUUCCGUCUCUUCUAAUAAACAGCAAAUACCCGAAACCAAGACCAAAACAACAAAUGUGAAACCCAACAAAGAUCCCUCGGACAAAAUGUCUGCUGAGACCUCUACAAACGAACAAAAAAUCAAAAUUUCGAAGCCGCGGAAGACUUCUAGUAACAGUAAGGAGUCCAAAGAAGAGAGACCAAAUGCUGAAAAAAGGGAGAGGAAAAUCGGCCAAUCGGAACCGGCGACUCAAACAGCGCUUGAAGCCCCUGAAACAUGUGCAUCUUCAGCUGACUCAUCCGAACCAACUGCUAACAAACAGCCUAAUAAAAAGUCUAAGCCCAAGAAGUCUGAGGUUAAGGUUGACCCCCCUAUUGAUGAAGAACCUGAACCUGUACAUCCUAAUAUGAUGAAAUUAGAGGAGGAACCGGCCAAAGUGAGGGAUAAGAAAAAAUCACUUUGGAACAAGGUGAAGAGCGCGUUUUUCGGUCAAGACGUCCAAGACGAUUCUGGCGACGAGGAAGAAGACAUUUUGGACGCUAGUCCCGACAAAAACAACAACCUCAUUUCCAAACAGCUGCGCAUCAAUGUCAUCCAUGCAGUGCAGCCAUCCAACGUAAGCGAAGAGAGAGUGCGCUUCUUCAACAGUGACUUCACCUAUGAGCCCCAGUUCACAUACGCCCACCCAUGUCCCCCCGAAGUGCUGGAUAAGUACUCUGAGCCAUGCACUAAGUAUAUCGAAAUAGGUGAGAAGAUCCUCACGCACCUGCUGAAAAGCUACGGAAGCUACGAUAACUUCGACCAGCAGAGUCUAGGAGAGCAGAUGAGCAGAUAUGAGAUCCUAUCCUACGUGGACACCUACUGUUCACGCGAGGGUAUCCGACCCCACGACAUCAUGAUCAACAUAUCCACUGACUUGCUAAGCACUGCAUCUAUGGGCAAAAUGAAUAAUUACGGGGUGCUGAGUCUCAAAUUGGGCAAUAUUUACACGGGAACAAUCGAGGGAGUCCUUAGACACGAACUGGGCACUCAUUAUAUGCGCAGAUUCAACAACAACCUGCAACCCUGGAAGAACGACCUUGACCGAGCUAAGUUCCGUAUGUCGCCCAUGAACCCUACAGAAGAGGGUUUGGCCAGUAUCCAUUCGGUCAUCAUGAGACCCCAGCCGAUGUUGUUCAAGAUAGCUCUGCUUUAUUAUACCGUAGUGAUGGCUUCUAUGAUGUCAUUUAGUGAGCUGUUCAAGUGGCUGGGUUCGUUUAUUAAAAACCCACAUCGCAGGUGGGAGUUCUGUAUGCGGGCUAAAAGAGGGCAGCAGGAUACUUCUAAACCAGGUUGCUUCGUAAAGGAUCAAGUGUACCUGACAGGUGCAAUCAGCAUACUCAAACAUAGGAAAGCGAUAGACUUCAAAGCACUCAUCCAGUUAGGCAAAGUAGCAUUCGAAGAUGUGAACAGACUCAAGAAACUAGCAAAUAAGGACCAGGUGUUCAUUGUGCCCUCAUUCAUGCACGACAAGGAAGAGUACAUGAAAAGACUGGAGUACGUAAUGCUCAAAAACGGACUGAAAGACUCUGACUUCCAACUCAUCAAAGAAGCAGAUCCAAACUCCGCCCACGAGAAAGAACGAACUCGAUAUGAUAUGUAAAAGAUCAUUUUUGUGUGAAUCCAUAGAAAUGAACUUCCCGUCAUUCAAUUUUAAAGGGGAUGGGCUUGCGAUUCUAUCAGCCGCGCCGAUGAUUAUCAAAUCGCGUCAGAAUUUCCCAGAUAUUUCACCAUUAAUAUAUAAGUUAAAU